UAAUUCAAGAUUUCCCAUGGCUUAAAAGAAUGUUUAGGCUGGAAAACUUUGUCGCCUAGUGUUGAUAAUUUAUGCUCGAGUGUGGGCCACACUUCAGAGCUGUCCAAAUGAGUGCUAGUAAAAAUUAGAUUGGCCCAAGUUCCGAAUCUCCAGCAAGCUGGAUGGCUAUAUAAGCCACGAGGUUCCAUUAGAAGCCUGCACUGUUUCCCAAGAUGUGGCCCACGUGGCUGCUGGUGCUUCUAUCACUAUCACUGGCCAAUGGAAGGCAGGUGGGCAGAUGCAGUUUGGCCCGUCAGCUCUAUCGGUACGGAAUGCCCUACAACGAGCUGCCCGACUGGCUGUGCCUCGUGGAGGGCGAGAGCUCCUUCAACACCAAGGCCAUUAAUCCCUCGAACGUGGAUGGAUCCGUGGACUGGGGUCUCUUCCAGAUCAACGAUCGCUACUGGUGCAAGCCGGCGGAUGGUCGUCCUUCCAACGAUCUCUGUCGGUUACCCUGUCGCCUGCUGUUGAGCGACGAUAUCCGGUAUUCUAUUGCCUGUGCGAAAUACAUCAGGAAACAACAAGGAUUCUCCGCCUGGGUGGCCUGGAACAAUCGAUGUCAGGGUGUCAAGCCGAAUGUGAAUCACUGUUUCCGGCGGCGCCACAGAAAUUCGGGAUGAGCAUAGAAACUGGAAUAUUCUACAUAAGUUACUAACAUUAAUGUACCUCUUUUUUAAGCUGAUCCAAUACACGGAUUUACAAAAGGAGAAUACUCAUGGUUUGUUUUCUUUUCAUAUAUAUUAAAUAUUUUGAUUGCUCAUACAGACCAUUAAUACGU